CAAUUUGCAUUUGUCAUUGAUACAAGGAGGAUGUUUAUUCUUUUACUACUAAUUCAGAAUGUUCAGAGUCAGACUGCAACAGGGCAGUGCUCUGAGGCUCCUGUGCUUUGCUGUACUGGUCUGAACAGUGGCUGUGAGAGGACCAGAUGCUACUGUGAUGAAUACUGCCAGGUGUUUAAGGACUGCUGCUCAGACUACACGGCAACAUGUACUCAAGCAAAAAGUACAUCUCCAAGCAAAACAUCACCUUAUGUGUCACUCAUUAUUACAAAAUCAUCACAACCGUCUGCAGUCCCUUCAGAAGUUAUAUCAUCUAGCACACAGCUAACAACACCUCCAGCAACAGCUUUUGGAGAUGCUUCUACAAGUACAAAACCAGCCUCCGCAUUUGCAAAGCAAACAGAAAUUGUUUCUAGCAGCAAAAAUUCAAUAGCAGUGACAUCCUUAGAAUCAUUUUUUUCCAGUACAAAAUCAACAGUGCCAACUUUUUUGCCUUUGGAAGCAAAGUUUACCAGUACAAAUUCUGGUCUGCUACAUUCAACACAGCCAGAUUCUGUUCCUACAAAUAUAAAUCCAUCUUUAUCACCACCAGGAUUUUCAAAAUCUGUGUCAUCCCCUUCACAGCCCAUAUCAUCCAGUAAACAUGCACCACUACUAUCUUCAACAUCCAAUGCACAUUCAGAUUUAACUUCAGUGGAAUCCACCCCAUUUAGCAGUUCAACAACAGGUUCAGAGUCUUCUGUCUUUACAAAACCAGCUACCACAUUUUUUACAUUUUCAAAAAUUCUGCCAACCAGUACAGAACCACCCCAGCUAACCCCAACCUAUUCUGAAUCUGUGGCAAUGAGUGACAGUCCAGCUUGGCCACUUGGAACAAAUGUAGAUUCUGUAUUGACCAGUGCACCGUUCUCUGUGUUUACAAGUAAAAAACUGGAUGCAGUUCACCUGUCUUCAAAUACCCAACCAGAAUUACUGAAUGAGGCAUCCUCAAAAUCUACAGAUUCCAAUCUUGUUCCUACUGCUUCACAUUCAAGUCUUGUGUUUACUCAUACAAAAUCACCAAAUCUGUCAAAUUCUGUUCCUAACAGCAUAAAAGUAGCAAUGACCCAUUCAACAUCUACAGACUUUGCAUUCAUUACCACAUGUACAUCACCACUAUCUUUAAAGUCUCCACAUCCCCUGUUGACCACUACUAAUAAACAUUCAUCCGUUUUAUCAUCUGAGCCCACAAUGUCCACCACUGAUCCCCCCACAAUAUCCACAAUCUUUCAAAGUCCAUUAAUGACCAUGGCAAAUGGUCUUUCUAUUACUCCUCAAGACUCAACAUUAGCCGCCAUCAAUACUCAACUGAACAUGCAAUCCAUUUCUCAAGAAUCAGUCACAAUGAAUGUAUCACUGUCUAAAGCAUCUCUAGAUAAUGUGUUGACGAAGACAGAUAAAAAUUUUCAGAUCAUGUUCACUCCAAAGUAUGCAUUGACUACUGCAAUUCAACAAUUGCUGACCAUAUCAUCAUCAGACCCCACUGUACCCAGUACAAAUUUGCAACUACAGUCUACAAAUUCCAAAGACCAACGAUUGACUACCAAAAAUUCUUCAGUGCUGUCUAUUACACUACCAGUCCCAAAACUGAUCACUUCUAAUCCACACAUGACGAAAACAUCUCCAUUUCCUGCACUACUAUCUAUAACACCCCCAGGUUCUACACUGUCCACUAAAAUUCAACAAUCACCACAGAUGCCCACAGACCUUGCAUUUUCCUCUACCAGUCAACUAUUUCAGUCUAGAACAUCUUCAGUCCCUAUAAUGACUGCUACAUCACACUCAUCACCGCUAUUUAUAACUCAGCAAGACUCUGUACCAACCAAAUUAAAUCAUUCGCCACAAUCUACAACAUUGACAGACGUUUUACUCACAAUUACACAUCCACAACCAACUAUAACUUCUGAAUUUAAUCUACUGGCAACUAAGAAUCCAUCACUGAUAUCUGUAUCUCAUUCAGAAUCUGUGACAACCAAAUCAAAUCCUUAUUUGGAGCUUUUAACCACUCUAAACUCUGCACUGACCACUACAAAACCACCAAUUCCAUCUGUUGACCCUGCAUUAAUGUCAGGUUCAAUGGAUAUGCCAAUAAUUUCUCCAGUCCACAACUUAUCAAUGACACAUCCUGUUUCUACACUGCCCACUAAAAAAUCACAACAGUGGUCAGUAAUGCCUCCAGACCAUGAAUUAACCAAUUUAGCACCACAGACUGAAGCACCAACCUUUGAAAAUCCAGAAAUGCAGUCCAUAGCUGCAUUGACCAGUAAAUAUUCAACAUCUCAAUAUCUUUCUCUGAACACUGAGAGUUCACCUGUGCUACAUCUAUCCACCCCAAACCCUAUGUCAGCAACUGCAAAUAAAUUGAUUCACUCUGUACCAACAUCAGAGACAGGUCUGACAACAACACAGCAACAGCAGUCUGUAUCAUCUCUGCACUCAAAUUCAACAGAUUUAGUAUCUAUUACAUCACAAGUAACUGCACUGAUAAUGAAAAGUUCACCACAGUCAUCUACAGUGCCUCCAGACCCCAUUUUGCCUGCACAAAAUUCAGAAUUACAGUCCACAGAUGUUCCAGGUCCCAUAUUGACAACAACAAAUUCAUUACUACAAUCUAUGUCAUCACCAGAACCUGUAUGGAUCAAUACUGAUCUUGAUCAACAAACCAUGGAAACUCAAAACCAGGUGUUGGCCUCCACAAAUCUAGCACUGCACUAUACAACAUUUCAAAAACCUGCAUCAUUGAUUCAACAUACAAUACUGAACUCGGUAAAAUCUUCAGACCCUGUAAUAUUAAGUCAAUUGCCAUCUGUAGACUCUACAUUGACCACUAAAACUUCACCACAGCUUUCUGCCAUUGAAAAUACACAAUUAUCUGUAACAUCGUCAUUAACUUCUAUUACACUAGGAUCACCUGAAAUUUCAGUAUUGGCCACAAACAGUUCUCCACAAUUGUUUGUCAAAUCUGCAGAUAUCUCACUGACUACCACAAAAUCACUUCUGCACUCUAUUACAGAUCCAGAUUUUCCUUUCAGAACUAAGCUUUCACCACAGCUUUCAGUAACUCAUUCUCCAAACAAUAAGCUCACCACUGUAAAUACAGCAUUACCUCCUGUGAUGUCUUCAGGCCCCAUAUCGGUUAAAACGACCCCAUUACCAGUUUCUAUAACUUCUCCAGAAUAUGUCUUUACAGCCAAAAUUAUAUCACAGGUUUCCGUAACUCCAUCUCCAGACCUUGCACUGAUCACUACAAAUGAGAUACCAAGUUCUGAAUCAUCUCCAUACACCAUGUCUACCACAGAAAAUGUAUCUGUGCUGUCAAGAACAUCUCCAGACUCUUCUUUCAUAACCAAUAUGACACCACAGCCUACAGCAGUUUCAUCCCCAGAAUCUCUGUCAACCACAUUAAAUUCACCAAUGUGGUCAACUACAUCUCCAGACUCAACUUUGACAACUAAUCAUUCACAGCAGAUUUCUAUAAUUCCAUAUGCUGAUUUUGUUUUGAGCACUACAAAUACACCAUUGUCAUCUGAAUCAUCUUCAGACACUAUAUUGCCCACAAUAGAUCCUAUAAUGAGUUCCAUACCAUCUUCAGACAUUGCUUUCACAAGCAGAGUUCCUACUAAGUGGUUUAUAACCCCAACUCCAAGCAAUCAACUAACCACUACCAAUAGAAAACUGCUAUCUGCUCAGCUUUCUGUAAGUCCAUCUCCAAAUAUUUUGUCAACUAUCACAAACACUGAGCUGCAGUUUACUACAUCUCCAUAUCCUGUUUUGACAUCCUCAAAGCCUACAUUGUCAUCUUUGCCCGCUCAAGCAUCAGUCAAUAUGCCAGGCAGAGUGCAAAAUACUGCUGACUUCAGCUUUUUCUCCUCUUUGCCUUCAAACAAUGAUGUCAAUAAGACAAACCUAGGAGAAUCAGUUAUGAUGAACAUCUCAAAACAGAGAGACAUACAAGUGACAAUGGGCACAGAAUUUUUUACUCUAGCUCAGCAAACUAUAGAUGAUUCCAAAAUCCUGACAACAAAUCAGAGUUCAGGUCUUGCAGUCUCUUCUUUCUUUAAGCACAAACUGUUGGCCCUAGAGCCCACACAAAGACCAUCUGUGAUCAGAUCAACUCUGUCAGUAGCAUUAUACUCAAUGCAGGAGUCAAAAACUACAGACUAUGCCUUCUCACAUACCAGCAUAAUAGACACCAACAAUGGAAUGGUAAAAUCAGAAAACACAAUGGCAAUUUCAAAACAUCAUCUUCUAACUUCUGAGCUCUCUUCUUCAAUGAGUCUGCUUGUCACAACAUUGAGAAAACCAACCUCUAUUCUGCCAAAGGGAGAAAUUGUACCAGAGCACAUUACUACGCACAACAGAGAUAGACAACCACUUCCAGCAAAUAAAACCACAAAAGUUUCAUCUACUAAUGCCGUGGGUACACAAAAAGACAACCCUUCUUCCUCCACCCCAGUAUCUAAUGUGGAAUUACCCUCUGACAUCAGAGAUGUACAGUUUGAACCAAACAGCACAUCACAAGCAAUGCAGACAAAUCUAAGUAAAGAACCUGUGACAGUCACCACAAUUUACACAAAUUCAGUAAGCAUUGCCAAGUCGCAUACAACUAGAGCAUUUCUUAGUACUGCAACUGAGGCACAAGCUCUCCACUCCUCACAGACCAAUGGCAGCUCCACCCCUUGGCUGGAUUUGACCUUUGGAAAUGUAUCCUCUAGAAUGCCACCCUCAUCCUUCACAAAGGCCUCAACAGAAAAGGAAGACAAGGGGCAAAGCACAGAGGAUGGCACUCCCAAGACCCAAACAGACUCUUCAGAAACGGCAGUCAUGUCAAGCAGUUUAGGAAUUGAGAAAACAGAACUACUGGAACCUGAGGCCAGCACCAACUCAGAACAUAGCCAAAUACUCCAUCUUCAAAUUAAAAUGUCUCUUCUUCCUUCUGGAUUUUUGGAUAAUGAAACUAUAAUCCAAGUAGUACGGCAUCUAAAAAAUAUUAUGGAAAAACAAAUGAAAGGUGAAAGCUGCUCACUGAAGAUUCUAAACAUCUCAAACUGAUGAAUGGAUCAUAAUGUUUAUAGAGACAUUUCCUCAAGUCAAUCCUAAUUUUUUUAAUACACUUUACCUAGCCAAGACAGAAAAGGAAAUUUCAUGAGAUAUACAACAUCAAAGUGUGCUGCUGUUGGUUAGUGAUUGAUCAUCGACUCAUUAGCUUGACAAUUUUGGAUUCUCUUCUCUUUUCAUCUACAUGACUCUGAUUUGAAAUUCACAAAAAUGUACAGCACAGCACCUGUUUUGUGAUGCACAGAAAACUAGACAUGGACUUCAGAUCACAAAGAAGAGCUGCCAAAUGCCAUCAGACAACUGCGGAACUGUUAUACUAAAGUAUGAUUAAUUAAGUUACUUUAACUAGCUGUUUUUUUUAACAUCAGAUGUGUCAUUUUAUUUAAUAAUGUUCAUUGACUCAAAAUGUUACAAAAGCAUUAGUCAGUCAGCCUAGGCUGUCACCAGUUCAGUAAUCUGUAAAAACACCAGACCAACUAUUAAUUUGCUACUUCUAGUUCACAUUUACUGUAGUGUAAUUCCCAUGCAUCAAAACUAGACAGGCUGUAAUAAAAAAUAUUAGAAACGUUAAUACUAAGAUGAUAUUUAUGAUUACCCAAGUGGUGUUUCUUCCAGGUUCACUUGUUUUUAAAUAUGCAUGGAUACAGUCAGAUAUUUUCACCUUAAUGUGUUUCAUUAUGCAAUGGAUGGAACCAAUGAAAACAUUUGAUUUUUAGUUGGUGCAGAUAGUGAAUGUUAUGUAUUAUGCCUUUGAGACAUUAAUAAGUAAGCGACUCUAUGCAUGGUGACACCAUGGAAGCGGUGCUACCUCACCAUAACGAGACAAGGGUUUAUGUCUCAGGUUGCCCCUGCAUGGAGUUCUCCCCAUGUCUAAGUGGGUUUCUUUUGAAAAACAUGCAGGUUAGGUGAACUGCCGUGUGUCAGGUGUGUGCAUAUGUUUGCCCUGUGAUGGACUGGCAUGCUGGCCAGGGUUUGUUCCUGUGUUCUGUAUUAUGCCAGCUAGGGUAGGCUCCAGUCCUUCCAGUAACCCUGGUCUGGAAUAAGUGAGUUAGAAAUUGACAUGAUAUGACAAACUACUGUGCCAUUAGCUGGUAACAAGCUGAUAGUGCAUCUGCCAAGGAAAUCCCUAAUAAAAAUAUUUCCAAUGAUUGACUCAGUACAGCUACUGUAGGAGCCACAAAGAAAAUUGAUAAAGCUGAUGGAUAUUUGAUUUGUACAGUAGCCACAAGUACUUUGAAUAGCAUCACAUUAUUCAAAGUAACCUCUGCUCCAAAAUAAAUACAGAAACUUUAAAAUGCCUCAGCAAGGUAUAAAUAAUUAAAAUUGAACAUGUGCUAUUGAACAUGAACAUUGCAAGAAGAAGCUGAAAAAUUAUGGGAAUUUCAGAACACAUUUUAGUUUAUUUUAUAGGCUAAACUUGCCCAAAAGAAAAUUGCAGAAGGCUAGAAACCUGAUGAUGAAACCACUUAUCUUCACAAUACAGCCUAAGCAUCCAGGAUGUUCUUUCACUGCUGAAACAGGCUUUUAUUUUGCAAACAAAAGAAAAAUACUAUUUGUUGGAAUGAAAACUGGAGAAUGACAAAUAAACUGACUCCAAAUGAGUGCAUGGGAAAUAUAAAUGAAUCAUAGAUGUGAAGAAUAAAGAUGAGAUUAGGAAAAACAUUGAAAAGAAGCAUUGGCUAUCAGAGUACUUCUUGGCAUAAAUGUAAUGAUAUUUCUGUAGCAGCAUCUAACAUUGGGGGAUAGCCAUAAGGUGGCAGCAGUGCAGCCUUUUCUGAUGCUGUUUUACAUUCGCAGUGGUGUAGGCAGCAGCAGGGAGAUCCUUUGGAUGCUGUUUAUUUUUCAUUUUAUUUUUUUAUUCACUUUCUUGAAUAGAAGCAAAUUCCUGGACUUAAUAGAACAUGUUUUUUAAACAGAUGUCUUGUUGUUGCUCUCAAUAUAAUUCUUUAGAAAUCCCUACCAGUGUAUAUUUUACUGUUCUGGGAUAAAAACAUCAACACAAAGCAAACUUUCUGAUGCUAUUUUGUCUUGAUGAGAUUUUGCAGAAAUUUGUGCAUCUUUUAGGCUCAGUUAUUAAGGAUCUUAGUGGACUGCAUAUUCUAUUUACAGAUAUGGAAAUGUUUAUCUUAUGGUAAAUAUCUUAUAGAUUAUUAUGGAUUAGUAGCCAUCCGUUUUUUGUUUGUGUUUCUCAUAUUUUUUUCUAAAUACGGUUUUCAGACAGCUGCUUCAUGGUGAACAACCAAUGGAGCAGGUGGCACAAAAAAUCAGUGCUCAAAAUGUUAUCUUGAAUGUGAACCAAGUAAAAAAGAAUUGUUAAUAAUGUAUGGAGUCUCUAGCUGCUGCUGUAUAACUAUAAUAGUCUUCUUCCUGAAGUUUAUGUAAAUGUAAAGUUAUUUUAUUGUAGAUUUCUAAAAGUAUAGUGGGAGAAAAGCAACAACGCAUUUAAGUGAACUGUAUGUUCAUCCAUUCAUUUUCCAACCCACUGAAUCCGAACACAGGGUCACGGGGGUCUGCUGAAGCUAAUCCCAGCC